AUGCCGCUACCGAAUAAAAUUACGGAAUACAUGCCAAUAAUUAAGGGAACUCAUAGCGGUGAUGGUGACAAAGAGCAUGCUGCAGCUAAAAACAAAGAAAAAGAGGAUGAAGAAGUGAUAUUGUCAAGUACAGGUCAUGAUGAUGUUGCUCACAGACGUCACGGGAUAUCAUUAUUUAAGUUGCAUUGGGAACAUGUUAGCGCACCGCUUGCUAUUGCUUUUUGGUUCUUUACGGUUACCAUUAUGAAAAUUAUCUUCCAUCGUUUUCGAAGUAUCCAUAGUUUAUUACCCGACUCAGCAUUACUAAUUGUUCUUGGCUUAUUUUUUGGCUAUGUCUUUCAUCUCAUUUAUCCGGAUGAGAUGUAUCUCAAACCAGACUGGUUCUUCUUAUAUCUCUUGCCACCUAUUGCGCUUGAUGCUGGUUACUUCAUGCCUAAUAAAGACUUUUUCAGGAAUAUUGGAACUAUAAUGACUUACGCAGUUGUUGGAACAUUAUGGAAUGUCUUCGCUAUCGGAAUGACGUUGUAUUUUUUACAUGAUUACUUCAAAGUGCAUACUUCGUUGAUCGAACUAUUGCUGUUUUCAACGUUAAUAUCUGCUGUGGAUCCAGUAGCUGUUCUUUGUGUAUUUGAAGAAAUUCAUGUUAAUCAGCUUCUUUAUAUCUGUGUGUUUGGUGAAUCAUUGUUAAAUGAUGCCGUAACAAUUGUACUCUAUCAAACCUUCAAUGCUAUGGUAGAUGCAGGUAGUCUUACGGGUGCAGAUUAUGCUACAGCUGCUUCUUCAUUUUUUGUUGUUUCGUUUGGUGGUUUGCUAAUCGGGUUGAUUUGGGCUGUUUUUACUGGCUUCACAACCAAACAUUCUCAACAUCUGAAUGUUGUCCAGCCGCUAAUAUGCUUGCUUUUUCCGUACCUUGCAUACUUAACAGCAGAAGUGGUUGCUAUGUCCGGCAUUUUAGCAAUCGUUAUAUGUGGACUAACCAUGAAGCAAUUUGUUGUGGGCAAUUUAUCACGGAAAUCGCUUGUUACUGUGCAAUACUUCAUGAAAACACUCUCAUCAAGUUGUGAAGCCCUAAUUUUCGUCUAUCUUGGCAUAUCGGCUGUUUCAAAAAAUCACGAUUGGGAUGCUGUGUUCAUUGUUGGCACUUUAAUUAGUUGUUUUAUUCAACGGUUUAUUGGAGUUUUCUCCCUUACUUAUCUUUUAAAUGUACAUCGAGUGCAGAAGAUUGACCUGGUUGAUCAAUUUAUCAUGAGUUAUGGCGGUAUUCGAGGUGCUGUAUGUUAUGGUCUUGUAAUGUCACUUGACCCUUCAUCGGUAAAGGCUAAAAACAUGUUCGCAUCCUGUACUGUUGUUGUCAUAUUGUUCACUGUUUUUGCACAGGGUGGAACAAUCAAACAGCUAGUAAAAUUAUUAGAAGUUAAACAGAACGAAGUGCACAAGAAAACUGUUUUCGAAAUGGUCAGCGAAAAUGUGAUCAAUAAUAUGAUGACUGGUGUAGAAGGAAUAACUGGUUAUCGUGGCCAGUACUGGUAUCGUCAGGCAUUCAAUAAGUUUGCGGAGAAUCACGUGAAACCCUACUUAAUGAGUAAUGCAAAAUCUGGAGCAGAUCGUCUAGUUGAUUAUCAUGAACACAUUCAGGUCAAAGAAGCAGUGCAGCAUUUGAAAGUACAUGGUAGUUUUGUUGGUUUGCCAACUGCACAAAGUAAAGUGAAUCUAGAACAAGCGGCAACGGAAACACCACAACUGAUGGUGGGUGAUCGGAAAUACAGACGAAGCAAUCUGGAUGCCAAUGGUUUAAUUGUGUCGGCGCAAAUGCAAGUGAAAGUUCCUCGCAAUGAAUCAAUCAGCAUAUUCCUAAGAGAUAAAUUUAAUGAACUCAAUUCGCCUGUAUCAACUGGUGUAUAUAGCCGACAUUUGCUAGAUGUUGAUAACACACCACGUACAUCUUCCAAACGGCAGGAUUUUCACAAAGGCAAUUCAUUUGAUGCACUUGAUAGCGAGGCAUAUCAUAUGACUUAUCCAUACUGCAAAAAUGCUCGCAUAAGGCGACAUACAGCAUAUGAUGUUGCUAGUUACGACCAAACAGAUAAACAUUCGAGAAAAACUACCAUCGCGUUACAUAAAAGUUCCGACAUUGAUGCGCUUACAUUCAAUAUCGAUUCUUCAAAACCUCGUUUUUUAAUUACUAGCGAACCCGAUCCUGCUUCACCACCAAAUGCACCACGCUAUUUGCACCGAAAGAAUUCGGAACAAGAUUUACAGGAAAUGAUUGAAACGAGCAUUGGUGGGAAGUCGUCAUACUCUAACUUGAUAUUACCCGGCGAAGUAACUAUCGAAAAAUUACAGUUGGAAGAAAGGCCGAGGAAGCUUUCAACAGGUCUCAAAGCGUCUUUAUCGAAAGAAGCAAGUGAGAAAACGACUUUAUCACCAGUAAAUGAAGAUGAUGAAAAUACCGAGUUACCCAGCAGUGAACGAAACAAAUACGGUUGA